UAUAAAGCAAAGAACAAUUCAAAAUUAUUCAAAAUAUUUUGAAUUAAAUCAUUUUUCAAAAUUAAUUCUUUUCUUAAAAACCGAAAACAACGUGAGAUGUGUCUCUUCAGCUGUGUAGCGCGUGUUCUCUUUUACACCAGUGGCACAAUUUUGCCGGCUUAUCACACAUUCAAGGCCCUCUUCAAUGGGAUGGAAAAGGAAAUCGCGCCUUGGGCCAAGUAUUGGAUUGUGUAUGCCUUCCUCGCAACUUUCGAGGUGCUGGCCGAUAUGCUUCUCUCGUGGGUUCCACUGUAUGCCAUCACCAAAAUGGCUAUGAUAAUUUGUGUUGUUUUCACGGCGCCAGCUGCUAGUGUGUGGAUUUUUAAUUCAAUCCUGGGUCCACUUCUUUUCAAGCGUCAGAAGCAGAUCGACCACUUCUUGCAACGAGGCAAGCAGCAGUUGCUUAACGACGUCUUCAGCUGGGGAACGCAGUUUAUCAUCCAAGGCCGUGCAGCCGUGCUUCCCGUUUUCUUUCGCAUGCUGAAACAUGAUUCCAUUGAGAAGCGGAAAGAGUCUAAUGUUGCAGACGGGUUAGAGGAAUACGAACUGUCUGAUAAUUGUUGUAAAGACAAGGAAUCUAUCCCCAAUAUACAUCCUGACGCCGAAACAGUCGCUGAGAGACUGGCUUUAUCGGCCGCCAUGACCCACAUAGCGAUGGCUCACUCGCCUAAGAAUUCAUCUUGCGACCUGGACCUGAAAACGGUCUUGCCUUCGGAAUCAUCCGGGACCUUUCUUAAUCGCUGCGAUCGCAAGCGUUGGUCUUCAUCCUUGUGUUUCUCUAACGCGAAAAAUGAAGCAAAUAUGGGUGAAACUGAAGAUGGACCUCCAAUGGCACUCCCAAUUCAAAAGGAUGAAGUUAUCGAUGAAACAGAGAAUCUGCUAGCCAAGUCGCGAAAGGAAGGCAAUGGUCGCACCUUCUGUCAAUUCAUAAAUCGUCGAGGCAACAAAUUGUAGUUAGAUCACACCACACGCUAUUCAAGAUAUAUACCUAGGAUCAAAUCGUCGUUGCCAAAGUGUGCGGUACUCAUUCAACCGAAACAAAAAACUCAUCUACUCAGAAAUACACAAUGUGAAUCAAAAACCAACUGAGUCAAACUCACCGAAACCCGACGCUUGGGCCAAUGUAAAACCUUGGCGAUCAGGCUCAUCUCAACCACAUCCCUUUUUACGGCAUAGAGACGACACCGAGAAAAGUUUGCGAACAUUUCAUCAACAGCAAAACACUGGACAUUGGUGAACUUGGCAAUGCCACGGACCUGAGAAGAGCAGAACCGUAACUCGAAACAUAGCCAGAUAUGAGAAAGGCUCCAAACUUGCCUGGAUAAUAUGCCAAAGCCCAAUCCA